AUGCGUAAAAAGUUAUUCGUCUUUCUAAUACUCCUACUCGCUUCUAAUGACAUCGCAUACGGAAAACAUAGCAAUAACACUAACAUAGAUAAUAAUAAGAAACAUAAAAAGUUAAACCAUAAAGGCAACGACCGUCCAAAACGGUCUUCAAAUAUAAAAACUUUUUUCCAACAUUUGCCUUCUAGUGAUGACAUUACGCGUAAUAAACUUACUGACAAAUUAAAAGCCGAAAGCAUUGAAGAUGACGCACCGUUUUGGGGGGCAAGGGGGAGACGAGAGAGUGCCUCUUCGGAAAGUUCCCGGGAAACGCAGGCGUCAUAUGAAAAAGUAUGCCCCCCAUAUAAGAAGUGCUACUUUGUUGAUGUAAACAAAAAUGACUAUCCGUUUUGGGCCAAUCGCGGCAGACGCGAUGACAGUCAAAGCGAAGAAGCGUAUUGGGAUGACAGAAUCAGACGACAGGACGACGAUGACCCAUUUUGGGGUAGUAGAGGGAGGAGAAACGAGGAUCCUCCUUUUUGGGGUAGCCGUGGACGGCGUUACCAAGGCACAGAUUAUUCUUCAUACGAUGACGACGACACACCUUUUUGGGGAAACAGAGGCCGAAGAAAGAUGUCUGAUAGAAACAGUAUAGACGAGCCAGAACCCUUUUGGGGCAACCGGGGUAAGAAAAUGAAAAGUAAACCUAUGGACGAAGAAGACCCGUUUUGGGCGACUCGAGGGAAGCGCGAAAACGAUUACACAAAUCCAUUUAUUUCCGACUAUGUUGCAUUAGACAAUUCCCUUAAAAGCAAAGGGUUAAGAGCGCCCUUUUGGGCAAAUAGAGGAAGAGAUAGCAAAUUGAAAUACCUUUUCAAUGGUCCCACGAGAAGCAAAAAUAAACCUGGCAUUAGUAGUAAAGAGGUGAGCGUGGGUUUUCACAUCAAACCGUCAGAGCAAAACACAGUUCACGAUGAUAGAAUUUUUGCUGAGGAACCGCACUAUAUUCUAAUCGAACGAACUAGCAGAUCUUCUAUGGAAGAAGACCCUUAUAUAAUUACAAGAGGUAAGAAAUAUAGCAACCGCCUCGCUAAAGCUGCACGAGACAGACGUGGUGUCAUUGAAGAUAUAGUAAGAUCAGUACAAAAGGAUCCGUAUUACAUAGCAAGGGGAAAAAAGAACUCGUACAUUAAAGUCGGUAAUACAAUUAUGCCGGUAGACAGGCCAAAUAAAGAUAAAAUGUUUUGCGAAAUGGUAAAUUCUCUAUGGAAAAACGAAAGCAAAGUUAAAAGAGAGAUAAAUGAUCCAGAAAGAGACAGGCGAACUAUUUUAAAGAAAUUAGCUGCUCAGCUGCAAGCUGAUCCCUAUUUUGUAAGCAGAGGCAAGAAAGAUGCAACCGAUGAUAAAGUCCUGGCUUUUGUUAACGAGAUAUCUGACAUGUGUAGUUAA